AAAAAAAAGACAAUAAUAUAAAGAAAGAAGAGAAGGCACAUCACAACAAAACAACCACACAAGCACAAUAAAAAGCAACCCUCUUUCUUUCCCUCAAACCAACGCCUUGUUUUUCACCCUUUUCCAAUUUUCCAUCCCAUAGUUUAGACCUUAGAGUCCUAAUUUUUCCAAUCUCCAUUCCAAACCAAACCCCCAACCUUUUCCUCUCUUACUUUUGCAGGUUAGAUGUUUGAUUAAAGUUCCAAACCAAAAAGACAGAAAAAACACACCCCCAUCAAUGGAAAUCACUUCAAGGCUUCAUCAUCAUCAAGAUCAUAGGGAGAAUAAUCAUAAUCAUGGUCAUAAUCAUAAUCACCCAUCUCCUAUGAACUCACCAAGAAGCAAUGUCAGCAACUGCAUAAGCAGCAGCAACAGCAACAACAACAACAACAAUGGCAUCCAAAUCUCAACACCACCAUUAACACCAAAAACAAUUAUCCCCAGAUCUGACACAAACCCUUAUCCAACAACUUUUGUUCAAGCUGACACCACAAACUUCAAGCAAGUGGUUCAGAUGCUAACAGGUUCAUCAGAAACAACAACAAGAACAACGGCGGCACCACCACCACCAUCACCAUCAUCAUCAGCAGCAAAGCAACAGCUUCAAGAUCCAUUGUUGCCACCAUCUUCAUCAAGGAACUUCAACAUCCCUCCAAUCAAGACAGGACCAAACAAGAAGCAGCAACAAGGGUUCAAGCUCUAUGAGAGGAGGAACAGCAGCCUCAAGAACAGCCUCAUGAUCAAUACCCUCAUGCCAAAUUUUGCACUUGCACACCAUAACAAUUCUCCAGGAUUCUCACCCAGGAACAAGCCUGAGAUCCUCUCACCAAGCUUGCUUGAUUUCCCUUCCCUUGCUCUUAGCCCUGUCACACCAUUGAAUGAUGAUGACCCUUUUGACAAGUCCUCACCUUCACUUGGAAAUUCAUCAGAGGAAGAAAAAGCCAUAGCUGAAAAGGGUUUCUAUUUGCAUCCUUCUCCCAUGAAUACUCCUAGAGGUUCAGAGCCACAGCUUUUGCCUCUUUUCCCUUUGACAUCACCUAGAGUUUCAGAGUCUUCACCUUCCUGAAGAGGAAAAUAUGAUGAAGAUGAAGGAAAAAAAAAAGAAGAGAUUGUGUUUGUACAACGCUAUAACUUGUGCUGUUGUUGUUGUUGUUGAUUAUGAUGAUGAUGGUGAUGAUGACGAUUUAGAUAGAGAGAGAGAGAGGAUCAAGAAAAUUGAUCACAUGGUGAUUUGGAAAUUUGAAUGAUUUUUUUCAACAAGGUAGAGAGCUUGGUCUAAUUGUAAAAUUGUUCUUCUUCCUUACCAUGAAAUGGCAAGGCCCUUCUUUCUUUAUUGCAAUCUUUUUCUUUUUCUUUUCUACCUUCUUCCAUAAGUGAAAAACAAAAAUAAUUGUAUUGUCCACUGAAAAUUUUUAUUUUUAUCAUUUUUUCUCUUAAUUUUAUUCCAUGGAGAGGUUUUCAUGGAAUUUUGUUUAACCUCCCCCACCCCACUCCAAAGGAUUAUGCUUUAAAUUCAAUCAAUUAUGGUUUCACAUGUGUGAUUCCAGUUUUAAAUCAUCAAGUCAUCAACCACCACAGUGGAAUUGUGUUCAGAGGUUGAACAGAAUCCAAAGAAGGCAAAUAGAGGACAAGGAAAUAAGGAUGAUGCAGCUAAGGAGGGACACAUUUUACUAAGGACAUAGCAGAAUCCUAUGUUGUCAUCACAGAAAAGCUGCACCAAGAGGAAAGUGAGUAUGUCAAUUUUACCAAGAGGGUUGAGUCUUCAGAUUUAGAGGGUCCCUCUUCUUGAUUUUGCCAAUUUCAUAUAUUCUGAUCAAUUUCUCUGGCGACUCUCACACCCCAGAUAUGAUAAUGUGUCUUAUUUUGGUCUUUGUCUAAAUUUUCCUUUUUCUGAUUUAUUUUGAUAUUUUCUGACUACUAUUGGAAGAGAAACAUUUUGUAUGAUUGUAUCAACUAUCAAUUUUAUAGUUCCCUUCUA